AUGACGCAGACUCGGGAAGAUGUCCCUGAGGCGAGGGCGGCCAACUCGCAGGCGACAUCUUUCAUCUGGUCGACGUUGAUCUCCUGCGCUGGACGUCGCCAGCGCUACGCGUACCGCGACUUGUCGAUUCCCUCAAACGGGGGCCAUGACGUUUGA